GUACGAUCGUGCUCAGCACAUUAAAAGAAAUGACAAAACCGUGCGCUGCUUUCAAGGGCACGGCCCUAUUCAAGCCUCGACAUCGCAAGGCACAGCAUAUUCACCAACAUGAAGCUCACCGUCCUCGCCUUGUUCCUGGGCGUCGUUGUGCUGGCUAUUUGCCAGCAAGCCGCAGGGGAGCCUCAUAAACCCAACCCCAAGCCCAACCACCUGCACAAGCGCUCUCCCCAUGGCCCUCAUCAUCCCCCCGAACCCAACCACAAGCCCCACUCCCUGCACAAGCGCUCUCCCCAUGGCCCUCAUCAUCCCCCCGAACCCAACCACAAGCCCCACCACCUGCCCAAGCGCUCCCCCUCUGGCAGUCCACCAAAGCCCAAGCCCGCCCCCGCGCCGAAGAUCCUCGCCCCAAAGCCAGUGUUGCACCCCGACCUGAAGAAGAAGGGGUUGGGGGGGCUUCUGGGAAACGGAGGUCGAUGAAGUCCCGAGUUAUGAGCGACGUGUUUUCGAAGUCACCGCGUCAGGCAUAUCUUGAAUAAACAUGAAUACAUUUUGAAA